AUGGAGACCGACAGAAAAAGAUCUGAAAUAAUCAGAAUUGCAUUGUAUCAUAUAUCAUCUUCUUGUGUGAUACUUUGUGCAAGUCUAACACUAAUAAUUUUACAAACAGUAUUUUCGUAUUCUGUUCAUAAGGAAUCCGAUAUGGCUUGGCCUUCCGUUCUUAUUCCAUUUGGUUAUAUUCCUGCAGGUUUACUUAUUCUAACAGCUGCUUCUACUCUAAUCGCUGGACUAAGUGAUUCAGACAUAUGGGAUACAGUCAGUGUUGUUAGUUGCAUAUUUCCACUCAUUAUGACAGUUGCAAUCGCCUGUACAACUAUACAACAGUAUGUAGACAAAUCGAUACCUAAGACAAGCAUGUUAGUUAUGGGGAUUAUUAAUGUUAUAAUUGCCUUUUUGUGCCUUAUUCAUAGUAUUCUGUUAUGUAUUGAUCUACGAUUUUGCUUUAUGAAGGAAACUUUGGAUCCCCUUCCAGAAAUACAACCAAAUAUACCAAAGUUAACCUUGAAUGACGCUCUUAUAACAAAGACAGAGAUAAAUCAUCCAGAUGUUGAUGAUAACAUUAUUACUUCUAAUAAUUCUGUCAACGCAUUAUGA